AUGCACGAAACCGAGAACGACGAUUCCGGAGUCACAAUCGACGCCGACACCGUCCUCGAUGUCACGGCUCGCGUGCGAGUGUCUCAGAGCGUGAACAUCGCGCGAGCGGUCAUCCUAUCCAUCGCCUGGGCGUGCACCAGCUCCGCGCUGAUCUUUCUCAACAACCACCUCCUUCGCGAGCACGGCUUCUCGUAUCCGAUGAUCCUGUGCUCGAUGGGCAUGACAUCCUCUUGGUUGAUCUCAUUCGUAUGCAUCACCACUGGGCGGGUGAAGCGGAAACACGCUGGGUUGAUUACGCGCGGGUGGUACGCGAGACACAUUCUUCCGAUCGGUUGCCUCGGCGCGGCGUCGCUGGGAUUCGGAAACUAUGUGUACCUGUACCUAAGCGUGAGCUUCAUUCAGAUGUUGAAAAGCGCGGUGCCGGCGGUGACGAUGGCGGUGAUGUACGCGGCGGGAUUGGAACGACUGCACGGGACGACGCUCACGGGCGUGGCGGUGGUGACGAUUGGGACGUUCAUAGCGGCGUACGGAGAGGUCAAGUGCAGCGCGAUCGGGGUGUUGAUGAUGAUGACGAGCGCGUUUGCAGAGGCGAUUAGAAUGGCGUUUUAUCAGUACGUUUUGGGAAAUUUGAAGUUUGAUUUGAUGGAGGGGCUCUACGUGACGGCGCCGGCUUCGCUGGCGUUUCUCAGUUUGGGCAUCGUAACGCUCGAGUUGAAUCAAUUCGUGCGAGAGAGGGGAUGGGAGAUCAUCGCCGCGGCGCCGCACUAUUUCUUAGCCGCGGCAUUCAUGGGUUUCGCGGUGAAUAUUCUCACGCUCGGGGUGAUCAAGGCGACGAGCGGGUUGACGUACAAAGUUAUGGGUCAGGCAAAGAACGCAGCGGUGAUACUCCUCGCGGUGAUGCUCUUCGGUAAUCCCGUGACGACCGUUCAGCUCAUCGGGUACGCCAUGUCGUUGUUUGGGUUCUUCAUCUACCAGCGGGGGAAGACGCAGCAAGAUGCUGAAGAGGCGGAAAAGGAAAAUUAG